UACAAUGACGUAACAUCAUAACAAAACAUACGGGAAACGUCGUAAAAAGACGUUGCGGCAAACUUCAAGAUUUGUAUUUUUUUCAAAAGUUUGUAAUAAAUAGUUGAUUGCACACAUUUUUAUUCUUCCAAUUUUAUCAAAUUCCAGCAAUGAACAUCGGUCCUGAUUCUGUUGUAGUUGGCUUUACAAGCAGUCUAGCUGGAGUUAUAAUAUUACUUGUAUUCGCCUCAAUUAUCUGGUUUAUAAGAAGAGAAGUCAGAGGCAAGCAUUAUGGGAACCCUAAAGUGUCUAGCAGAGACACCUCAGCGCCCAUAUAUGACGACAUACCAGAUAAUGAUGAUACAACAGAGGUAAGCCGUGUUAGUGGUAGCCAUUUAUACAUGGAAGUUGGUACCGCCCAUACACCUAGGGGUAUACAUGAAUAUGGACCUAAAAAGCUUAACAGUUCUGAUACUGGAAUUUCUUGUAAUUGGGCAAAAACACUUGCAGUUUUUGAAGCCAUUAGUGACACCCCACUUGUUUGUGCAAAGGCUCUUAGUAUGUAUACAUUGCAUUCGGAAGUCAGUAAUUACAACAAUAGCGAUGUUAUUCAUACAUCCAGCUUCGUUUCUUUAGAUAAUGCUGAGGUUCACAGAAAAAGUUCAAACCUAUCAAGAAAAUAUUAUGAAGUACCUGACAAAAUAACUGGUGUAAAUUAUAACCUUACAAUUGAAAGGAACCAUACCAAUGACGACAAUGAAAUUCCAAUAUCCAGUGCAUGUCCUACUGCUGAGAUUGCCGAAGCAGACGGUGCAAGUCUAUCCGGACAAUGUAACACACUGGCUGACUCAACUACAAGUCCAACAAGAGAUUCAAAGAGAACACGGAACAACGAUUUGAUUUCCACAAGAAAUAACGAAAUAGAUGUUAGUGACAACAACCAAACACUACAAAAGGCUAAAGAAGACAAAUACAAUUUAAGACCGCCUGGAUUUCAUAUCGACAUGCCGUUGGAAACACAUCAAACGCAAGAGAAUUUAUAUGAAGAAGACAGUGUCACUUUAAAUUAUAUACAUCCAGUUAACUAAAAUUAUAAUAAUAUUUGAAACAAAAGCUACCUUUCUUUCGAAAUGAAAAAGAAUUUUCUGAAGAUUGAAGAUUUAUCCUUUAAACAGGGAUCCUCGGAUACUAAAUUUUUGAUAAAACCAGUUUGUCCUAAAAUGUAGGAAUGAUGGCAAAAACGAUAUUUUGUAGCAUUUUUUCAAAACGUUAUAAACGUACAUUAAUAAACCAGCGAUGUAAUAUAAUUUAGUAAAACAAAGACACUAUUUUGCAAAAAGGAAAUGCGUUUAUAGUAAUUGUGUUUGUUAAGGGACGGAAAUGAACACAUGUUCAUGAUACUAGGUAAUGUGCGGAAGCGGCUACAUGUUGAUGCUAUUGCCUAGGAGGCAACUGAACUUUAAACAUGUGCUAUUAAUUUAGUUAAAUUGUUUCUGUAAACAAAAGGUUUUAUAGUUAAAUAAAAUACGGCUUAUUUUUGUAUUACACGUCCUAGAAAUAAAUCUUACAAUGUAUAUUAUCAUUGGUGUAUCAGUUGAUAUGAAAUCUUUGGGCGUUGUUGAUGUCGUCUGCAACAUUCCUGAGAAAUUGAAGAUAAAAAUACGGAGGAUGCACUGUGCAUAUGUAAUCCAUGUCCUUUACACAUCUGAACAGAAACAAUUUCCUUACGGAAUGUUGAACCGCUCACAACAUACAACAGAAAAUUAAUUGAAGCAACGUACUGAUUAAUAAUUCCCAAAAUCUCAGCUUUAUCUCGGACAAAUAGCUGUUGAAAUUAGAACAAACAAUUUAAUUUAAAUAUGCAGCUUUGUAGGGCAAGCAUACGAGAUAAACUGCAACAGGACAUGUGUUCGUAAAGUAGGGGAACUU